AGAGAGAGAGAGAGAGAGACUUGAAAUUAAAGUAUCUAUAUUAUACUUUGUACAUCAGUCGUACGUAUUUGACAGGCACUGUCGACCUAAUGCCGUGGUUGUCAUGAUUCGUUCGUUUCGUUUGUAAAGUUUUCUGGGCUUGCUAGCCAGUUUUCAAGCUAACUAGGUCGGCAAUCUCGGCAACAUUGUAGCCUGCUGUUAUCACUUCAACAAUCUUCAACCCCCCGCUGGAGAUCUGCGACUGUUGCCAGUAGUUUUUGGACACUUCUGUCAAGAAAGAACCAUGAAUGGAGGAGGCUGCCACAUGAGUGGCGGAGGAGGUGACAGUCGCGUGGGCGAAUCUGGAUCGCGACCAACUAUCACGCUGGAGGACUUGGAUACCUUCAACGAGGAUGACUUCGAUUCAGACCUCCGCAGCAGCAACGGAGGGCCAGAUGAGGAAAACAAUGCUAUGGAGGAAGAGGGUCAGGAUCGCCUGUUAAACUACUGGCAGGACAUUGGCAGAGGACAUCAUGUUGAAGUGCCCCAGGACAUGGCCCAGCCCAUCCAACAGCUCACCUCAGACACAAAGAACACAACGGACAGGGAGAAAGUCCCCUUCACACUGGUCACAUGCAAAGAUAAUUGUGGGAAUGUACAGUAUGAGAAGAGAGUCUACAAGAAGGCCAGCUGGGCAUGUAUCACUGUGCGAGAGGACACAUACGAGCAGAGCAUCUGUGCCGGCUUCAUGAAGCUCAUGCGAUAUAUCUGCCAGCAGAAUACCACAGGUAACUACCUGGGUAUGACCCUUCCCAUUGUGACAGUGGUGAGGACUGAUGACUCCCGCUCCAGCCUGUCCAGAGAUGUGACAGUGGCCUACUACCUACCGUCCCAGCACCAGGACCACCCCCCCAUGCCCUUUGACCCUGACAUCACCAUGGAGACAUGGCCUGCCACCGUGGUCUACAGCAGGUCGUUCAGCGGGCCCACUACUGAGACCUCUAUCCUAGGGGAGAUCCAUGCCCUGGGCGAGGUGCUGGACUCUCCAGAGCUGUGUGUGAGCGAGUCCUUCAUCGUUGCCGGCUAUACCAGCCCCGCAGCCGCACACCGACACAACGAAGUCUGGUUCCUGGAACGCUGCUAAAUUGGCAAUGUAACAAAACAACAACAAAAAAAAAGAGUGUUAAACACUCUCAUGGCAAUAAAUUGUAUUACAGCGAACCAAAUUGAAAGCCUCAACCAAACCAAAAGUAGCAGAAUUUCAUAAAAUUGGGUUUAAAGUUUACAGAUUACAUCAAGGAAACGAGUACACAAGUAUGCUUCAUUUUUAAAUGUAUUUUAAUAGGGCCAUGGUCUCAGGCAGAUAAUAAUAUUAUAAUAAUAUAUGCCAUUUAGCAGACGCUUUUAUCCAUGACCCUUGGCGUUGCAAGUACCAUGCUCUACCGACUGAGCUACACAGAACCACAAUAUGUGUCCCUCCAAAUAUCUACAGCUUUCUCUUCACAUCAGUACGUCAAUUUACUUUACUUUAUUAAAUGUAGUUUUACAGGGACAGUGCACAUUAAGUGCCCGUUUUUAUCAAGCCGGCUAAUUUUAAACUGCAGUCCCUGGGAAGGUUAUUAAAAACAAUUAAGAUGACAAGCAGACAAUGAGAGUACAACAGGACAAGGAAACGUAUGACAAGCAGACAGACAGAGCUUGUAGUAUCAUUAAGACAAGACCUGCCUCCAAGGUAUUUCACAAGAGUUUCCCAGCUCAGGAGCUCAUGGUUUCUAAGGAUGUUGCAUGUCAAGCUCUAUUAUCAGUGGGUGUUAAUCAGCUUGGUGCCAGUCUGUUUCUUUGUGUCGGCCAUGUUGUUGGGCAAGGCAACAGUUUUCAGUUGUUAGAUGCAUGUGGAGGAGAGCACAGUACAUUUUGGAAAGAUGUAUUAACUCAGCACGUCAUAGUCACUUUACCAUUGCCAUUUUUAUCAACUUAUAAUUAUGAGAAAUCAUAGGAUAGAUAGAGAGAUAUACAGUACCAGUCAAAAGUUUGG